AUGCACAACAUUAACACUGGUUCAGAAGACUCGGUCCUCAGGGUUCAGAAGACUCAGUCCCCCAGGGUUCAGAAGACUCGGUCCUCAGGGUUCAGAAGACUCGGUCCCCCAGGGUUCAGAAGACUCGGUCCUCAGGGUUCAGAAGACUCGGCCCUCAUGGUUCAGAGGACUCGGUCCUCAGGGUUCAGAAGACUCGGUCCUCAGGGUUCAGAAGACUCGGUCCCCCAGGGUUCAGAAGACUCGGUCUUCAGGGUUCAGAAGACUCGGUCCCCCAGGGUUCAGAAGACUCGGUCCUCAGGGUUCAGAAGGCUCGAUCCUCAGGGUUCAGAAGGCUCGGUCCUCAGGGUUCAGAAGGCUCGGUCCUCAGGGUUCAGAAGGCUCGGUCCUCAGGGUUCAGAAGACUCGGUCCUCAGGGUUCAGAAGACUCGGUCCUCAGGGUUCAGAAGACUCGGUUCUCAGGGUUCAGAAGGCUCGGUCCUCAGGGUUCAGAAGACUCGGUCCUCUGGGUUCAGAAGACUCGGUUCUCAGGGUUCAGAAGGCUCGGUCCUCAGGGUUCAUAAGGCUCGGUCCUCACGGUUCAGAAGACUCGGUCCUCAGGGUUCAGAAGACUCAGUCCUCAGGGUUCAGAAGACUCGGUCCUCAGGGUUCAUAAGGCUCGGUCCUCACGGUUCAGAAGACUCGGUCCUCAGGGUUCAGAAGACUCGGUCCUCAGGGUUUAGAAGACUCGGUUCUCAGGGUUCAGAAGACUCGGUCCUCAGGGUUCAGAAGACUCGGUCCUCAGGGUUCAGAAGACUCGGUCCUCACGGUUCAGAAGACUCGGUCCUCAGGGUUCAGAAGACUCGGUCCUCAGGGUUUAGAAGACUCGGUUCUCAGGGUUCAGAAGACUCGGUCCUCAGGGUUCAGAAGACUCGGUCCUCAGGGUUCAGAAGACUCGGUCCUCAGGGUUCAGAAGACUCGGUUCUCAGGGUUCAGAAGGCUCGGUCCUCAGGGUUCAGAAGGCUCGGCCCUCAGGGUUUAGAAGACUCGGUCCUCAGGGUUCAGAAGACUCGGUCCUCAGGGUUCAGAAAACUCGGUCCUCAGGGUUCAGAAGACUCGGUCCUCAGGGUUCAGAAGACUCGGCCCCCCAGGGUUCAGAAGACUCGGUCCUCAGGGUUCAGAAGACUCGGUCCUCAGGGUUCAGAAGACUCGGUCCCCCAGGGUUCAGAAGACUCGGUCCUCAGGGUUCAGAAGACUCGGUUCUCAGGGUUCAGAAGGCUCGGUCCUCAGGGUUCAGAAGACUCGGUCCUCUGGGUUCAGAAGACUCGGUUCUCAGGGUUCAGAAGGCUCGGUCCUCAGGGUUCAUAA